CCCGAGAUGAGGGAGGGCCUGAAGAGACUGAGGAGCAUCGUGAGUCCGGGCCGGCCAACAGGCAAAUACACGGCAUUUGAGGAACUCGGGCGAGGGGGGUUUGGAGCUGUUUAUAAAGCCCUUGACACCAGCAGCGGACAACAGGUGGCAAUCAAGAUCAUGUCACUCGAGGAGGAGAUGUCCGAGGAGCUGGCUGCCAAUGAAAUCCUGGCCAUGAGGGACAACAGGAGUCCCAAUAUCGUUACCUACUUAGACAGCUACCUGGUGGAUGCGGAGCUCUGGCUGGCCAUGGAGUUCAUGGACGGCGGCACCUUGUUUGAUGUGCUGAGGGCAGUGUACCUGGAGGAAGGACAGAUAGGCGCUGUCUGUCGGGAGUGCCUGCAAGGACUGCAUUUCCUUCAUUGCCGCCAAGUCAUCCACAGAGACAUCAAAAGUUGCAACGUCCUUGUGAGCACGGACGGAUCCGUCAAGUUGGGUGACUUUGGCCUCUGUGCUCAGCUCAGCCCUGAGCACAGCAAGCGCAGCUCCAGCGUCGGCACUCCCAGCUGGAUGGCACCGGAGGUGGUGAGAGGAGAAGCCUACGGCCCCAAAGUGGACAUCUGGUCCCUGGGGAUCAUGGGGCUGGAAAUGGUGGAAGGGGAAGCUCCUUACCAGCGGGAAGCCCGUCUCCGGGUUUUUGAACUGCUAGAAAGGAACGGGCCCCCAAAACUGCAGAACCCCAGGCACCACUCGGCUCUCCUGCGCGACUUCCUCCGCUGCUGCCUGCAGGCAGAUGAGGACAGGCGCUGGUCUGCCCAGGAGCUCCUACAGCAUCCCUUUUUGGAGAGUAGAGUGGACUAUGGCUAUACGAACCUUGAGCAGCUGGAUCGUAUUCAAGAAUCUCCUUCCAGGAACACCGAGCGCAUAACAGUUCUCCAAGCAAAAAUGCAGGAAAUCCAGAAACGCUACCGGCUGCUGAAAGCUGAGUUGGCUGCCAUUGACCGGACAAAGCGUUUAAAGAAAAAAAAAGAGGUGGAAAGUAAGUGCUGGUUCUUCACAAACUGCUGCAACAGGGAUUACUCUUCCACUGUGUACUUCAAGAACAGGCUGCUCUAG